AUGAGUGUUGACAUGCUGUUUGUGGAUGCUGAUGCGACGGUUACCCAAGGAACUGUUGCUGCUACUCGUCAGCUCAGGUUCCGGGAUCGCCUCACUGAAGGAUCAGUGUAUACUUUGAGUGGGUUUGACGUUGUCCACAGUAGCCCCAACUUCCGUUUAUGUGAUGCUCCUCUGAUGAUACGGUUCAACGACGGCACAAGCUUUGACAAGAAAUUGAACCCUGAAAGACCCAUACCAACUGAGUCUUUCCGGUUCAUGCCGUAUAGUCGUUUGCUAGAACUUGCAAACACAGGGAAACAGCUUCCUGACAUAACUGGGGAGGUGAAUGCUAUCAGGAGCACGAUAACUGACCGCAUACCAGGAGCGCAGCGUGUCAUGCUUACUUUGCGUCUUGGGAGUGGGGAAAACGUUUGUGUCAGUCUGUUUGACUCUAUGGCGCUUGCGUUUCAUACCAAGUUUGACAACUAUAAGAAAGAGGCAAGAGCGGUCAAAGUCACAAGCAUUAAUCCAAAGAUUGUUGGUGGUCGUCUUUUCUUGAAUGCUACUUCCGGAACCCAUCUCUACUUUGACUGUGAUACAACUGCCAGCAAAGAAGUCUUUGACACAAUGCCAGGUGAAGGAACAGACGGAGGAUCAGGGUCAUCGAAAAUUGUUCAUGCCCAGAAGAUAGAACCCGUUACUGUCUCCGAGCUUAACAAGUUUAGUAUCUCAGCAGAACCUCAGAUCAUUGAGUUCCUCUGCACGGCUAAGGUUACUGGUAUCCAGACAGAAGAGGGAUGGUGCUACAUUGGGUGUGCAACGUGUUCAAAAAAACUUAUCCGUGAAACGGCAUCAUUCACAUGUGCUCACUGCAUUGAUACCAACGCUGUGGCCGCACUCAGGUACCGUGUGACCAUGACUGUGUCAGAUGAAAGUGAUACCGCGUCUUUCCUCGGUUUUGACAUGGAAAUUGCCAAAUUGACAUGCCUUCAGGCUUCUGAGGCUGCACAAAUUGUGGGAGUAGGUCAUGAUGCUCAAGUCGACACCGACCUGCCACUUUCUCUUGCUGGUGUUGUUGGGAAAACAUACACUUUUCAACUGAAGUUGAACGAUUUCAAUUUCUCCUCCAAACACCAGACCUUCACCAUUUCCAGGAUCUUUCCUGAGAGUGCACUAGCACCCACACCCACCUUUGCUACACAUGUGGGAAACCCUGGCACUGGUGGAAAUAAGCCAUCAACCUCCGCUAAUACAAGUGAUAAGCGUCCACCGCAGGGAAAAUCCAAUUCUGAUGUUGAUGAAAAUGGAAGGAAUAAGGCUCAUGUGGGAUGA